ACAAUGCAGAGAAGGUGAGAGAAGCAAGGCUGAAAUGAUACGAAUACGUAAAAAGAGAUGAAGAGAGUUGGUCACGUUAUGAAAUGAAAAGAUCAGAAGAUGUGUGGUGGUAUAGACAAUGCAGAGAAGGUGGGAGAAACAAGGCUGAGAUGAUAUGAACACGUAAAAAGAGAUGAAGAGAGUUGGUCACAUUAUGAAAUGAAGAGAUUAGAAGAUGUGUGGUGGUAUAGACAAUGCAGAGAAGGUGGGAGAAACAAGGCUGAGAUGAUAUGAACACGUAAAAAGAGAUGAAGAGAGUUGGUCACGUUAUGAAAUGAAGAGAUCAGAAGAUGUGUGGUUGUAUAGAUAAUGCAGAGAAGAUGAGAGAAACAAGGCUGAGAUGAUAUGAACACGUAAGAGAUGAAGAGAGUUGGUCACGUUAUGAAAUGAAGAGAUCAAAUGAUGGAAUACAGGAUGGAAUUGUAGUGUAUCAGACAGACAAAUCUGGAAGGUUUUCGGUCGAUGCAAUACAUAACUAUCGUCAGGCAUGCCAAACGCAUACAGAAAAUGAUCCUACCGUCGACCAGGACUUUCACGAUAAAGUUCAAAAACAGGCGAAUGCACAUUCAACGUUUUGGGUGAGGAUACUAAGAACAGGCGAAGAGUUGGGGGGACAAGCAAGAAUAAAGGGCAAUAUGCUCGUCCAAGAUUGUAUACUCCCUCCCCUGUACGCGCUCAGGAAAGAUCAUAAACACAUUGUCAACCCGGUGAACGGUCCUCCUGUUCGACCAAUAUGUGGAGCUGUUUCGGCAUAUAACAGAAAAUUGUCGUAUCUGAUGAGUUUUAUCUUGAAUGAAGUUUGGAAAGAAGCCGAGAGCGUCUGUAUGAACACUGAAGAGAUGUUAGCAGAUUUUAAACGAUUCAAUGUUGAUCAUAUUAAAGAAGAUAUUAUUGUAGGAUCAGCGGAUGUGAAGGCAUUGUACCCGAGUUUGGACGUGACUUUUACAGUCGAAAAAGUAUGUGAGAUUUUCUACUCUAGUAGUGUAAAAGUAAUUGGUAUAGAUACUGAAGAACUAGGACUGUAUUUGGCAUUGAACAAAACUGAGGCUGAAUUGGCUGACCUUGACAUACUGUGUUUUUGUCCGACACGUAAGACGAAUAGAGGUAGGCCACCAACUAUUACAGGAUGUGCAAUAGAUAACAAGGUAAAAGGUUUGGACCAUGGCUACCACCAAAGGAAGAACCUGACGAGCAAACAACCCGUAGAAUGUUUACUAUAGCUAUGAAAGUAACCCUCUUAUUUAUCAUGGAGAACCACAUGUAUACCUUUGACAACGAGAUAAAGCUGCAGUCCAGGGGUGGCCCCAUUGGUCUCCAACUAACUGGAGUCCUUGCACAAUUAUUCAUGGUAUGGUGGGAUAGAGAGUUUGAACACAAGAUGAAAGAGAUUGGACUGAGGUUAUGGUUGUACAAACGUUAUGUGGACAAUAUAAAUUCUAUCAUGAGUGUUCCCAAAAUGGGGUUGAGAUUUGAUGGUAGUAAUCUGGUCGAAGAUGAAGUUGCUGCCGAAGAGGAUAGGUUGAUAGAGCCGGAUGAAAGAGCGAUGCGUUUGUUCAAAUCCGUUGCAGACAGCAUCCAUACAUCUAUUGAGAUGGAGAUUGAUUGUCCGUCGCGCCAUGAUGACCACAAACUUCCCAUACUUGAUUUAAAGGUUUGGAUAGAGGAGAGAGAGGAAAUUGAAGGGCAACUGAAGGAAAAGAUUGUAUUACAUGAGUUUUACUCCAAGGAAGUAGCAUCCAAAUCUGUCGUUAAUGCAAGAUCAGCGUGGUCGUGGAGUAGUAAGAGAACAAUACUUACACAAGAGGUGUUGAGAAUCCUGCUAAAUUGUAGCACAGAGUUAUCAUGGGAGGUGGUUGUUGGCCAUGUGAACCAUAUGAUGAUGCGUCUACAAUUUUCUGGCUAUAAUGCGAAAUUUCGAAUGAAGGUAGUAAACUCUGCUUUAAAAGCAUAUGAUAACAUCCGGAGACUAGAUGCAUGUGGUGAGAAACCUAUGUAUAGACCCAGACAAUGGCGACGAGUAGACCGAGCUCAAGAAAAACGAAAGAAACGAGAUACCUGGUAUAAGAAAGGAGGAUACGAAAGCGUUAUUUUUGUACCAGCAACACCAAAAUCGAUCCUUAAACAACGAUACGAAAGAGAAGUUAGACGUAUUGGACUCAACAUUAAGAUUGUCAAACAAUCAGGUGUAACCCUCAAGCGACAGUUACAAUGGUCAAACCCUUUCAAAGAAAAACUGUGUCAAAGACAAGAAUGUCUGAUCUGUCAGAGUGGGGGAAAAGGAGAAUGUAAUGCAACAGGAGUCACCUACGAAUUAGUUUGCCAAGAGUGUAAAGAUAAAUAUAUAGGAGAAACUUCAAGAAGUGCAAUAGCCGUGGUAAAGAACAUUUACAUUCAUUGA